AUGCCCUUCGCCUUCAGAGAAGUCGGUCUCAGCUACCUGCAGUACGUCAGUAUUGCCUCGCGCACCCUCCGCUCCGUCCUCAAGGCCGAGCCCAAGGCUGCUGCCAUCAAGCGCCAGGACCAGAUUGCCAAGUACGCCCAGUGGUCUGCUGGCAAGCAGGGCGAGUCCAAAUUCGUCCUCCCCGAAGAGAUCCCCCGCGUCUAA